CUUCCCUUCCCUCCCCUCCCGAUCAUAUGCAUCGUCAAUACUCAGACGCCCUCCGGCAUGGAAAUCAGCAUAGUCUUCGUCCUCUCAGCUCUUCUUUUCACAACCGCAACUCCGGCAUCUCCGGCGUCUACUUCCAGCUGCUCCGAUGAUUUAGUUCUGUUCUCGACGUGCUUGCCGUACAUCUCCUCUUUUCCAAACAACGUCACUAACUCACCAUCGCGCCGUUGUUGCGAUGAAAUCGCCUCUGCGAUGGAAUCCGGCGGUGCAAUCUGCCUGUGCUACCUCAUACAGGAGCCGCGGAUACUCGGAUUCUCAGUUAACUCUACCAGAGUGGUCUCUCUCCCCACCGUUUGCCGGAUGAGAAAUGGAGAAGUCAUCGCGAACACCUCCCUUAAGCAUCUCUGUUCAGGAAACAUUACAUUGCCUCCACUGAAGAGCAUAACAGGUCCAGGGAUUUCAACUCCACACCUCCCGGGCGGGGAAGAUUCAGCCCCACCACCUCCUGUAAGUCUACCUCCUAAACCUGAUAAUAAAACAUCAGGACUACCCCGUGCAAAUGAUUCAUCUAUUCCACCUGCUGAUGAUAUUGAAUUUCCCGCCAUAACUACAACACAUACUCCACCUGCUGUUGCUGUUGAAUCUCCCACCAACAUGACAGUAACACCUACACGAAGUGCAUCUAAAGUAGUAACAAUCUGUUUCUCUUGUCUCUACAAUUCCCUUGGGAUAACCCUUCUGCUUGUCAACAUGUUCACAUAGUUUACCGAGGAUUUAGUUUCCACAAUAAAACAAUCGCUCGUGUAAUUCGUGUUUGAGGUAUAUAAGAGUUGUCAAAU